AUGCCUCGAUUAAAACACACGCCUCUGCUCAUCUCAGCGCUGCUGAUCACGGCCGUCGCGGCCUCCAACCCGCAAGACGUUAUUUCUUUCUGCAACCUCCUCUCCACAGACCUCCCAGACCGCGUAUCCUUCCCCGAGUCCGUGACCUACGACGAAUCGAUAUCAUCCUACUACUCAGGCCAGGAACGCGACAUCCAGCCCGGCUGCAUCUUCCGGCCCAAGAGCGCAGAAGAAGUAUCGCGUUUCAUCAAGCUCGUCAACGCAGAGUCACCAAAGUGCUCAACCCAUCGUCACCCGCUCCAGUUCGCCAUCCGAAGCGGCGGCCACAUGAUCUGGCCCGGCUCAGCCAACAUCCACGACGGAAUCACAGUAGAUCUACGCGAGCUCAACUCCGUGACCUUGGCGCCGGACAAGAGCUCCGCCUCGCUCGGCACCGGCGGCGUAUGGACCGACAUCUAUCCCCAACUCGUCCCUCACAACCUCACCGUGAUGGGCGGGAGAGUCACCGGGAUCGGAGUCGGCGGGCUCGCGCUCGGCGGAGGAAUCCACUACCUAGCCCGCCGCCACGGCUGGGUCUGCGACAACAUCCACACCUACGAACUCGUCCUCGCGUCAGGCGAAAUCAUCGAGGCCACCGCCUCCACCCACGCGGACCUCUGGCUCGCGCUCAAAGGCGGCUCCAACAACUUCGGCAUCGUCACCCGCGUCGACGUCCCCACGUACGCGAUGCGCGACAUCGAUUUCAUGAGGGUCGAGAACUUUGACGCGGCCGCUGAUAUGGGGAUGACGGUCAUUUUUGAGAAAGGGAGCUUUGUCGUUGGUGAUGUGCUGUAUAACGUCGAGCCUGUUGAGAACCCGGGGGUGUAUCGGGCUUUCACGGCGAUUCAGCCGCAGAUUGCUGGUUCGCUUCGGAUUGGGAAUGCGAGUUCGAUGGCGUCGGAGGCUGAUGGGCUGCUUCCGCAGGGUACGACCCGUGCCAUCGAUAUCGUCUACUCCUUCAAAAACGGGGAUCCUGAUGUUUACUCCGAACUCUUCAGAACGUGGGAAGAAGGAGCGAAGCCCUUAUCCGAAAUAGAAGGACUGCAGCUCGUCCUCCUGAUCCAGCCGCACCCGGUGACCAACGGGACUAAUUCUCUGGGCUUGAAACCGGGACAAAAGGACGAGGUAUUGUCGGUUCUGACGGCGGCCAACACGAACCGAGAAGACGACGCGACGGUCCAGGCGGGGAUGCAGAGUAUUAUCGAUGCCCACCGGGCCAUUCUGAAGGAGAGAGGCCUGCUGAUCCCGUUUCAGUACCUCAAUUACGCCGAUGUCACCCAGUAUCCGAUUGGAAGUUAUGGGGCGGAGAUCAAGGCUAGACUACAGACUGUCAGCGAGAAGUACGAUCCUGAUGGCUUUUUCCAAGAGGCGGUUCCCGGGGGGUUCAAAUUGUUUUGA